UCCUCCUGAACAAGUUAACAAAAACCCAGACUAUAUAACCAGUCGGACCAAAAAAAAUUAAAAUUAAAACACACACUCAAAUUUCUCUUCUCGAUCUUGAAGAGACUCUCCGUUCCUCAUCGUCUUCGUUUUCCGGAGCUGACAAUCGCCAAGAGGCUUUACGACAAUGAAGUUCGACUUCAGCAGUCUUCAAACCACUGCGCCGUUGCUCGGCGACAGCGGUGGGUUUUCAGCUGCGCCGUCGUUCGAGGUCCCUGUUACUGAUGACUUUGAUGGGUUUCAGAAAGAGGCUAUCCAGAUGGUGAAGCCGGCCAAGGGGACUACAACCCUUGCAUUUAUUUUCAAGGAUGGUGUUAUGGUGGCGGCUGAUUCUCGAGCUAGCAUGGGAGGAUAUAUAUGUAAUGCUCUAGCUUUUUUUUUGUUUCUUUUUGGGAUGUGGAAUGUGAAUGUUGGAAUUUAUGCUCAUGAUGUUGUUUGUUUAACGUUUAUAGCGUCUCAGUCUGUGAAGAAGAUUAUCGAAAUCAAUCCUUACAUGCUUGGAACUAUGGCUGGUGGAGCUGCUGACUGUCAGUUUUGGCAUAGGAAUUUGGGGAUUAAGUGCAGACUUCACGAAUUGGCAAACAAGCGCAGAAUUUCAGUUACAGGUGCAUCCAAGCUCUUGGCCAACAUUUUGUACUCUUACCGUGGCAUGGGUCUGUCUGUUGGGACCAUGAUAGCUGGGUGGGAUGAAACGGGUCCUGGACUUUAUUAUGUGGACAGUGAGGGAGGAAGGUUGAAAGGGAUGCGGUUUUCAGUUGGAUCUGGUUCACCAUAUGCUUAUGGUGUCCUGGAUAAUGGGUACCGCUAUGAUAUGUCAGUUGAAGAAGCUGCUGAGUUAGCUAGGAGAGCCAUAUAUCAUGCAACAUUCCGUGAUGGAGCUAGUGGUGGAGUUGCUAGCGUUUACCAUGUCGGUCCAAAUGGGUGGAAAAAGCUAUCUGGAGAUGAUGUCGGGGAACUUCACUACACAUACUAUCCUGUAACCCCCGAGACCGUGGAACAAGAAAUGGUGGAGGUAGGUGCAGCCUAAGAGAGAGGACUAGCUAAUGGAAAAGGCAGGCAAAGAGGGAUUUGAAGAAAGCAAGGCAUAGGCAGUGGGAUGCUACUUUUCUUAUUAUUCAACUGAAUUAGCAUGAUGCUGAUGUUAUUAGAUUGGUCAUGUCUUGUUAUAUUACAUCCUGUUUUCUUGACAUGAAUAUUACGUUCCCUUUAUGUAUUCUUGCUUGGAACUGCUAUGUUCACUUGUGGAUGGUCUUAGAGGCAUUUAGAGCCUUUGCGCAAAUUUGGUGUUGAUGUGAAGUCUCUCUUAUGUUCAUCCCAUUAUCAAAUUUCUUUUUUAUUCUGCCGUCAAA